AUGUUCGAUCCCCAAACUAAUGGAUUAGUGGUACUGUGUGCUUGUAGUGAGGUGGUGAAUAUAAAAGCAAUUCCACUAGAUGUGGUACCUAGCACGGGAGGGGAGCCUUGGACACUCAGUGUGCCCGGUUCAGAAGAAGAAGAAAGUGUGACCCCAAAGCCUGUACAGCAGACUGCGUCACCACCACUCACAACCGAGCAGCAGUUCCUAAAGUCCAUAGGGGAUAUUUUAGAGAAAACACAACGACCGGUAGUACCUGAGAACACUGCUUUUCGGAGGUUACGAGCUUUCUCCGGAAACGCCCCAACCCCAGCUGGGGAAGAAACCCUCGACACUUGGCUGAUGCAGGCCCAUUUGAUGGUGGAUGAAUGUGAGUGCUCUGUUGGCGAAAAACGCAAACGCAUCAUUGAGAGCUUAAAAGGCCCUGCAUUAGAGAUAGCUCAAGCGGUUAGGUCUAGUGACCCUCAAGCAACACCCAAAGACUAUCUAGAGGCCUUGGAGCGGGCCUUUGGCUCUUCUGUAUCCGGAGAGGACCUGUAUUAUACAUUUAGAUCACUUUGCCAAAAUCAAGGAGAGCGAUUGUCAGACUUUCUGCGCCGCGUUGAACAUGCAUUAACUAAGGUUGUUUUUAGGGGUGGUGUAGCAGCUAGCCAGAGAGAUCGGGUGCGUAUUGAACAACUUCUACGAGGGGCAAUCGAGUCAGACCUUAUGCUGGUACAACUACGCCUCCGUGAGCGCAAGGACUCACCCCCUUCAUUUUUACAGCUGCUAACUGAAAUCCGGGAAGAGGAAGAUCAGCAGUCAGUGAGACAGAGGUCACCGCCCCCGAACCCCAAAGCCACAAUACGGCAGGUUAGAACAAAUGAUGAUGAGCCGCUGAGUUCCACAGAUGCAGCUAAGCUCUGA